AUGGCCAGUGCCCACCUCGAAGAGGUUCACAUUUUCAAACAAGGACUUCAUCAACGACAUAUUCAGAUGAUUGCCGUAGCAGGGACAAUUGGCACUGGUCUUUUUCUCAGUUCUGGUCAGGCAUUUGCAGCGGCCGGAUCUUUGGGGGCUUUCAUGGCCUAUUCUAUCGUUGGUCUUAGCGUUUCCAGCGUCAUUUUCGCUGUGGAAAACCCUAAAGAAAUGGGUGCGCUCGUUCCACUCAAUGGGGGUGCGAUCCGACAUGCAGAACUAUUUUGCGACCCAGAUUUGGCGUUUGCUAAUGGCUGGAAUCAAAUCUAUUCAUACCUGGUAUCCAUCCCAGCUGAGCUUGUCGCCACUGCAGUCAUUGUGGAGUUCUGGACAACGGUGAACAAUGCUAUUUAG